AUGGAGGGGGUCUCGCUGGAGAGGGAACGGCAUCCCCGGACUCUGCCAGGACAGUCCAACCUCGCACCUGACCUGUGCUUCUCCCCAUGCCUCCAGCCAGACGACCCCCCGCGUGCCCCCUCCGCCCUCCAUCUCUCGGGUGUCCGCCGCUGCGUUCUGUCUUCUGCUCUGCGAUCCACCCCAUCGGUCAGCGGCCGCGUGGAGGUCCAGACCACUGCCCCCAAGAUCCACCCCAUCGGUCAGCGGCCGCGUGGAGGUCCAGACCACUGCCCCCAAGAUCCACCCCAUCGGUCAGCGGCCGCGUGGAGGUCCAGACCACUGCCCCCAGGGUCCACCCCAUCGGUCAGCGGCCGCGUGGAGGUCCAGACCACUGCCCCCAAGAUCCACCCCAUCGGUCAGCGGCCGCGUGGAGGUCCAGACCACUGCCCCCAAGAUCCACCCCAUCGGUCAGCGGCCGCGUGGAGGUCCAGACCACUGCCCCCAGGAUCCACCCCAUCGGUCAGCGGCCGCGUGGAGGUCCAGACCACUGCCCCCAAGAUCCACCCCAUCGGUCAGCGGCCGCGUGGAGGUCCAGACCACUGCCCCCAGGAUCCACCCCAUCGGUCAGCGGCCGCGUGGAGGUCCAGACCACUGCCCCCAGGAUCCACCCCAUCGGUCAGCGGCCGCGUGGAGGUCCAGACCACUGCCCCCAGGAUCCACCCCAUCGGUCAGCGGCCGCGUGGAGGUCCAGACCACUGCCCCCAGGAUCCACCCCAUCGGUCAGCGGCCGCGUGGAGGUCCAGACCACUGCCCCCAAGAUCCACCCCAUCGGUCAGCGGCCGCGUGGAGGUCCAGACCACUGCCCCCAAGAUCCACCCCAUCGGUCAGCGGCCGCGUGGAGGUCCAGACCACUGCCCCCAAGAUCCACCCCAUCGGUCAGCGGCCGCGUGGAGGUCCAGACCCCUGCCCCCAGGAUCUACCCCAUCGGUCAGCGGCUGUGUGGGGGCCCCGGUGUGGCGCAGGGGCACUGAAACACGAUCCAGGCAAGGGGCCAACUUGGCAAGCGACAUUCACGGCCCCCCGGGCCUGAUUGAAUCUCUGGCCCGGUCUCUUUUAACGUUUCGAGAAUGUCCCAUCAACGGGGAGCGUUGCCUGGCCAGACGACGGGUCACACUGGCCUAACUUUCCUGCUUGACACAGAGCACAAC